CUCUCCCUCUCCUCGUGUUUCGAGCCCACUCGUGCCCGUGGGACUAAAAUAAGGAGGAAGAGGAAGAAGGGACGGGAAGAGAGCAGCCCGCCGCCGGGACGGAGCGGCUAGAAAAUCAAGGAAAGAAUGGGUGACUGGAGCUUUCUAGGGCGACUGUUGGAGAAUGCUCAAGAACACUCCACUGUGAUUGGAAAGGUUUGGCUUACUGUCCUAUUCAUUUUCCGUAUCUUGGUUCUUGGCGCAGCCGCUGAAGAAGUUUGGGGUGACGAACAAUCCGACUUCACCUGUAACACCCAGCAGCCCGGUUGCGAGAAUGUCUGCUAUGAUGAGGCCUUCCCCAUCUCCCAUAUCCGUUUUUGGGUGCUGCAGAUCAUCUUUGUCUCUACACCCACUCUUAUCUACCUUGGCCAUGUGCUGCACAUCGUGCGCAUGGAAGAGAAGAGAAGAGAGAGGGAGGAAGACCUCAGAAAAUCUGGACAACAUCAGGAGGACCACGACCCGUUCUAUCACAAUGGAGUCGGUGACGGAGGUGGAGGAGGUGGUAGAAAGGACAAACCGCCAAUCCGAGAUGAGCAUGGGAAGAUUCGUAUCCGUGGAGCUUUAUUGAGGACCUAUAUCUUCAACAUCAUCUUCAAGACUCUGUUUGAGGUGGGCUUCAUCUUGGGGCAGUACUUUCUCUACGGCUUCCACCUGAGGCCGCUUUAUAAAUGUGGCCGCUGGCCCUGCCCCAACACUGUGGACUGCUUCAUCUCCAGGCCUACUGAAAAGACCAUCUUCAUCAUUUUUAUGCUAGUGGUAGCAUGUGUCUCCUUGGUCCUCAACCUACUUGAGAUCUACCACCUGGGCUGGAAGAAGGUUAAGCAUGGGGUCACAAAGGAGUUUGUUCCUGAUAGUUUGUCACUGAUAGGCGUCAAUGAGCCUGGAGACCCAGGGACUCCUGAACAGACCUCUCCAACAGGGCUCCAGUGUUUGCCAGUGUCUUCUAAUGUAUGUGUGGUGAGAAGUGAAGCAAUGAGAGGAGGAACUUACAGUCCAACAGGAACCUCCCACACAGUGAUGUCCUUAAACACUAACAUGGCUACAAUACCAGUGUCUGAAGGACUUAAUGUGGGCGGUGCUGCUUGCCACCAAGAGGACUUCCUAAUGGAGUCGCUGCCUGCUUCUAUCUAUGGUGAGAGUGAAGACAGUCGUGGACACCUUGCAGAAAUGCAGCAGAAUUGGAGAAACAUGGCUUUGGAGCUUCAUAAUCGCAAUGAGGAAAAUUCCCCCACAUAUCCUCUUCCAUCUCCAUUCCCCUCUUCCUCCUCCUCUCAGGAGGAGACGACAUGUCUGGAAGAGAAGCAACGCUCCACAUUUCCAACUCUUCCUCGAAAUACACCUCUCUCUCUGCUCACGCCGGAGGAGACAGCAGUGGAUUCAGAAAACACUGUCGCCACAUCACCGAGCAUAGAACCACAUGAUGAUUUCACAGUGAUAACCAGGGCGGAGAUGCAUCAGCCUCCCUUUGGUGUCGGGACAGAUUUAAGGAGGCCCAGUAUGGUGAACAAGACCUGUGGUGCUCGAGCUCGCCCUGAUGAUCUUUCUGUGUAGCUAAAAUGUAGACGCUCAAAUUUAUAAAACAGUGGACACGUUCACAAACAACCAAACCACCGUACUUUCACAAUUUAAGACUUGUUAAUAUCAAGAAGCAUAAUGUAUGAGAGUAAGAUUGGAGCUUUAAUACCAUUCUGGUGUAUAUGUGAUACGAUGUGGUGCUAACCAGCAUAGCACAUACAUGAAUAAUAGUUGUUAAAUUUUCACUGGAUGGUUUCACAGUCAGGUUGAGAAUCUCUACUUUACUGCCAGUAGAUAUCUCAAUACUCUGCCAUGACAUAAAAGAACUAUGAGCAGCAAACUCCAGUUUUAUAUAAUUCAACUUUAUCAUCAUUCUUAGCAUUUAUGCUAAGAUAAGUUGGCCAUGUGUCUAUUUUUGUAGAUGAUGUAAAAUGGGUUGACAUUUCUCUAAAUAGUCUAGCUUCUAUUUAGAGAUUAACUGAACUACUUUACAUCCGGUUGCACCUGAUGACUAGUGAACAACUUUAUUUACCUACAUUUAGCAUUAAUGUUAGGCUAAGUGAGCCAUGAAUCUAGUUUUGUACUUAAUCACAAAACAUGUUAAAUGUGUUGAUCUUUAAAUCUAACUCUAAUGUUAGAUAUCAGCUCAGUUCAUGUUCUUCUGUUAUUAUACAUUGAUUUAAAAGUUAGCUAUAUCCGAGCUAGCUUAUUUACAGCUAUCAGCAUUUAAAACAAGCUAGCCAAGAGUUAGUUUUAGUUGUCAAUUGCCAAACACCGAUUUUAUUUGUCAAAUAUAAUUUGAUGCUGCUGAAAUUACAUUAUAUGCCUCUAAAUAUUGCUAGCAAAUAUCCUGAGAAAACACAGGACUAGCACAAACUCAAGUACAUUAUGUUCCUAAUGCUGAGAAUAAACUGAGCUAACUAGCAAGCUUUGGAUCUUGGGAGCAGCAGUACUUUUUAAAUGAUAUAAAAGCACUUUUAUUUCCAUUUUCUUUUCAUGAUGACAGAAAUUAUUAGUUUUUUGGUCAUUUUUGUAUUUAUGUUUUGCUAUUAUGCAGCCAGUAGAUUCAAUGAAGAGAGGGAUUAUAAUCCCACCCUGAGACAAAAUCAUUCAGGCUGUUCCUGUAUAUGUCUGUGGCUGUUCAGGUGCUUUAAUUUUGUUUUUAAUGUCUAUAAAAUAAAAUCUAUGCAGUUACAUCAGGGUUAAACUAUAUAAAGUUUAUAAAUAUGUACAUAUUAAAUGAAAAAUUGUGCUUUGAUGUAUGGCAACUAUAUUUUGGAAAAGCUUAUCUCUGGUGCAAUUCUGACUUUCACCAAAUAAUGAAAAUAUUUUAGUUAUUUUCUAAAAAGAAAAAAGCAACAGCAAGAAAACAAGUGUUAAAGGAGUUGUAAUUAUUAUGUGUGCAAUGUUUAUUUUGCUUAUUUCUUUUGGUGAAAUGUUCUGUUUUAACCUGUAAUAUGAUGUAAAUGAAGAUUUAAACAGCUAUAAAGUUCUGAAAAUAGAAUAGGUGGAGUUUUCUAUGUUGAAUUGUUUAUUUCUGGUGAUAGAAAAACAAUCAUUUCAGGAAUGGACAAUAAAUGAAACCACAGUGCCUGAUGUUUCCUCUAACCUUUAGCUCUUAAACCAUAGAUGUGCCUUUAAUCAUAUUCAGUUAAAAAGAUUUGGAAAAUGCUUUGUCUCUGACUUGUAGGUUCUCUUGCUUGCACUUGUUUUCAAGAAAUAUCACUCAUUAACAACCAGAUUAAACAUGCCUUGUCUUCGAAAGCAAAGGGCUUUUCGACUAUACAUUUUGUUAGCAAUCACAUUGAUGUAAAUGUUCAUUUACCUCAAAUACUGACAGAGCUCUUUCUGAAUACAUUUUUUCUACUGUA